CCGAGACGCUCAUCGCUCAUUUCUUCACCACUAGCUCCUCUUUCUCUCUCUAGAACCAGAGAGCGCAUCCAUGGCUUCCACUUCUUCCCUUGCGCUCUCUCAAGCCCUCCUCGCCCGCGCCCUUUCUCACCAUGGCUCUGACCAGCGCGUCUCCUUACCCGCCUUCUCCGGCCUCAAAUCCACCGGCCCACGCGCCGCCUCCUCCUCCCGUAGACGCGCCGGACCCACGCGCCACCGCGAUACCCGCCCCGUAAUCCGUGCCGCCGCCGUGGAGACGAUUGACACAACCACUGAGGCGUCGGUUGUGGAGAAGUCGAUCAACACGAUCAGGUUCCUGGCGAUCGACGCUGUGCAGAAGGCGAACUCGGGUCACCCGGGUUUGCCCAUGGGCUGUGCCCCGAUGGGUCACAUUUUGUACGAUGAAGUCAUGAGGUACAACCCCAAGAACCCUUACUGGUUCAACCGUGACCGCUUCGUUCUCUCCGCUGGACAUGGUUGUAUGUUGCAGUACGCAUUGCUUCACCUUGCUGGAUACGACAGCGUUAAGGAAGAAGAUUUGAAGAAUUUCCGUCAGUGGGGAAGCAGAACACCGGGACACCCCGAGAACUUCGAGACUCCUGGAAUUGAAGUGACUACCGGUCCUCUCGGACAAGGUAUUGCGAAUGGUGUCGGUUUAGCUCUUGCUGAGAGGCAUUUGGCAGCUAGAUUCAACAAACCCGACAGUGAAAUUGUUGACCAUUACACAUAUGUGAUCCUGGGAGAUGGUUGUCAGAUGGAGGGAAUUUCAAAUGAAGCUUGCUCUCUUGCUGGCCACUGGGGACUUGGAAAGCUCAUUGCUUUUUACGACGACAAUCACAUUUCCAUUGAUGGUGACACGGAAAUUGCCUUCACCGAGAAUGUUGACCAACGGUUUGAAGCCCUUGGAUGGCAUGUUAUCUGGGUGAAGAAUGGAAACACUGGCUAUGACGAGAUCCGUGCUGCCAUCAAGGAAGCUAAGGCUGUGAAAGACAAGCCCACAUUGAUCAAGGUCACAACCACCAUUGGUUUUGGGUCUCCCAACAAGGCAAACUCGUACAGUGUACACGGUAGUGCACUUGGUGAGAAGGAGGUUGAGGCAACUAGAAAGAACCUUGGAUGGCCCUAUGAGCCAUUGCAUGUACCUGACGAUGUUAAAAGGUUAGUAGAUCUAAAUUUGGCUUCUGUUACUUUUUAUGGUAUUGGAAAGUUUCUGUUCUUUAUUGUGUUUCGUACAUUUUCCAGCCACUGGAGCCGGCAUACCCCUGAAGGGGCUGCUCUUGAAGCUGAUUGGAAUGCCAAGUUUGCAGAGUAUGAGAAGAAAUACCCAGAGGAAGCUGCAGAACUGAAAGCUAUCAUCACUGGUGAAUUGCCUUCUGGUUGGGAGAAGGCACUGCCUACAUAUACCCCUGAGUCCCCGGGUGAUGCUACCAGAAACCUGUCUCAGCAAUGCCUUAAUGCCCUUGCAAAUGUUGUGCCCGGUUUCCUUGGUGGGAGUGCUGACCUUGCAUCUUCCAACAUGACAUUGCUCAAAAUGUUUGGUGAUUUCCAAAAGGGGACACCCGAAGAGAGAAACCUAAGGUUUGGUGUUAGGGAGCACGGUAUGGGAGCCAUCUGCAACGGCAUUACCCUUCACAGCCCGGGCCUUAUCCCCUACUGUGCAACUUUCUUUGUCUUUACUGACUACAUGAGAGCUGCCAUGAGAAUCUCAGCUUUGUCUGAAGCUGGUGUUAUUUACGUGAUGACCCAUGAUUCCAUUGGUCUCGGAGAAGAUGGGCCGACCCACCAGCCAGUUGAGCACUUGGUCAGUUUCCGUGCCAUGCCCAAUAUUCUGAUGUUCCGUCCUGCUGAUGGUAACGAAACAGCUGGUGCAUACAAGAUUGCCGUCUCUAAACGCAAGACACCCUCUGUCUUAGCACUCUCUAGGCAAAAGCUGCCUCAACUUCCCGGCACAUCCAUUGAAGGCGUCGAGAAGGGUGGAUACACAAUCUCUGACAACUCGUCCGGUAACAAACCCGAUGUGAUCUUGAUUGGAACUGGGUCUGAGCUAGAAAUCGCUGCUAAGGCAGCUGAGGAACUCAGGAAGGAAGGCAAAGCUGUUAGAGUGGUGUCCUUUGUGUGCUGGGAGCUCUUUGCUGAGCAGUCAGAUGCAUACAAGGAAAGCGUUUUGCCAUCUGAUGUAUCGGCUAGGGUUAGCAUUGAAGCUGGAUCGACUUUCGGGUGGGAAAAGGUUGUCGGGUCGAAAGGGAAGGCUAUCGGGAUUGACUCCUUCGGGGCCAGUGCACCAGCAGGCUUACUCUACAAGGAGUUCGGUAUAACUGUGGACGCUGUUAUUGCAGCAGCUAAGGCACUGAUCUAGAUCUUCUUCUCUGGUUUGCUAUGUCACAUUACAGAGAAGCUGUUCUCAGCAUUCCCCUCUGUUUUAAAUCAAAUAAAAGAAAAAAAAAGCAAGAUGAAGAGAUUUCCUUUUGUUUCUUUCUUGUAAUUCCUUGAGAAGUCAACAUAGGUUUGGAGAAGAGCAAAGCCAUGGGAGGACUGGGAACUCCAUUAUCUGUAACAACUCUUGUAUUGUUAUGCUUCAAAUCCAGAGAUUUUUUUCCCCA